UUGAAUUGUUGUUAUUAUAAUUAAAAACGAUGAGUUUCAAAAGACCAUAAUUCCAGUCUUCGCCUUCCAAGAUGAGAUGAGAUCAUGAGAUGAUUGAUUUCUAUAUCAUUCCCAAGUAAGAAUAAUUUGUUUGGAACCCAAAAUCUUUUGGAACUGAACCAUAAUAACAGAUUUUACAAGAUUGGAAACUGUUUUUGCUUUUUGAUUUGUUCAAGCAACUCAGAUUUUCCUUUUUGAUUCCUUUGACCCAUAAAUUCAAGCUCCUUUCAUGGAGAUGGAAUCAUGGAAGAGUGCGCAAUCUUAUUUAUGAUAAACGACGUAUAGCGCUUUUUCCUUUUCUUUCUUUUUCCCCAUUGCCCUCAGAUUCACCUUCUUCUUCUUCUUCUUCUUCUUUGAUUUUCUUACGAGAAAAUUCUUCUACUUUUUGCUUCGUUGAUUCAACCCAAUAAAUUAAAGCUGUUGAAUAUGGGAAAUUGCUUGACUUCUUCAGCUCAUCAUUCUAACGCCGUUCCCUGUCAAGCAGUAUUUUCUACUCCAGGAACUUCAGGCAAUUUCAGCGGAAUCGUAGAGUCUUCAGGUACCAAUAGCACCGCCGGUGGAAGUCAAUUUUCAGCGGCGGGGAGCGUAGAUGUGAGUGAGCCCUAUCCGAGUGGGAAAAUCCUUGACCAACCAAACUUGAAGGAAUUCAGUUUCACUGAGCUGAAGCUCAUUACCAAAAAUUUCAGACCUGAAUCCUUGAUCGGUCAGGGAGGUUUUGGGAAGGUGUAUAAAGGCUGGGUAGAUGACAAGACGCUGGCUCCUUCGAAGAGCAAUUCUGGUAUGGUGGUCGCCAUUAAGAAAUUAAACGCAGAAAGUGUUCAAGGUUUUCAAGAGUGGCAGGCAGAAGUCAACUUUUUAGGACGGCUGAAUCAUCCAAAUCUUGUCAAAUUAUUGGGUUUCUGUUGGGAAGAUGAUGAAUUGCUCCUUGUGUAUGAAUUUAUGCCCAGGGGGAGCUUGGAAAACCAUCUCUUUGGAAGACGUUCUUCCAUUGAACCUCUUUCUUGGGAAAGAAGGCUCAAGAUCGCUAUUGGAGCAGCUAGAGGCUUGGCUUUCUUGCAUUCCUCAGAAAAAGAAGUUAUAUACAGAGAUUUUAAAGCAUCAAAUAUACUUCUAGAUUUGAAUUAUAAUUCGAAAAUCUCGGAUUUUGGUUUGGCAAGAUUGGGGCCUACAGGUGAAGAAUCACAUGUAACAACAAGAAUUAUGGGCACAUACGGUUACGUUGCCCCAGAAUACGUUAGUACAGGUCAUCUAUAUGUUAAGAGCGACGUUUAUGGGUUCGGUGUGGUACUGCUUGAAAUCAUGACUGGCUUGCGAGCACAUGAUAUGAAUAGGACCAGCGAUCAGCGCAAUCUGGUCGAUUGGGCUAAGCCAUUCUUGAUGAAGAAAAAAAGGAUAAAAAAUUUAAUGGAUGCAAGAAUAGAAGGUCAAUAUUCAUCGAAAGCAGUUACGCUGGUGGGUGAUCUUACUCUAAAAUGCCUGGAAACAGAUCCUCGAAAACGGCCCUCAAUGCAAGAAGUUCUAGAGGAAUUGGAACAUAUCGAAGAAUUGAAGGAGAAACGGAAAGAGUCCAAGAGUAGCAACUCGCAGUCUAAACAACCUCUUCAUCAAAGACAGCCAAACAAUUCAUCAGCAAAAAGGCAGUAGAGAUAAAUAAGGCCAAAACCAAAAGGCGAGACGUUCAAUUCAACCUCCAGAUUUUUUUAAAAGACCAUUUUAACAUUGUAUGCAUUUCUGAUUUUGAUAGAAAUACUCAAUAUUUUUAGUAUUUUUUGCUCAUCAUUGGUUGCCUUGUUUAGGAAUGGCAGGAGAGGGGAUGUAGAAAUAUAUUUGAUUGUAUGUAUGUAUGUAUGUAUUAUUUGUCAAAUGUUUUAGGUUCAUAGAAGAAAAAACAGUUGUCUGGAAUGUGGAUUUCCUCCAAAUUUCUCUUUCUUUCUAAUAGUUAACAUUGCUAUAUUUAUUGAAUAUUGACUGUUUUGUUUA